AAUAGGAAUUCUGAUGUUGAAGAAAUGGUUGCGGUAUUUUUGUAUGUAAUUGCACAUCACCAUAAGAAUAGAGUUGUAGGGUUUAUGUUCAAGCGAUCUGGAGAAACCAUUAGCAGAUAUGUAAACACGGUAUUGAAAGGAGUUAUUAGACUUCAAGGGGAGUUGCUUAAACAACCAGUUGCAGUGGCUACAAGUUCUGUUGAUGAGAGAUGGAAUUGCUUCAAGAACUGCCUAGGGGCAUUAGAUGGAACACAUAUUAGUAUCCAUGUGGCAACCGAAGACAAGCCUAGGUAUCGUACAAGGAAGAGCUCGAUUGCAACUAAUGUAUUAUGUGUAUGCUCCUAUAACUUGGAGGUUAUAUAUGUGUAUCCUGGCUGGGAAGGUUCAGCUGCCGAUUCUCGUGUUCUUAGAGAAGCAAUAUACAAAAAGAAUGGCUUAGAAGUUCCACAAGGUUACUAUUACCUUGUCGAUGCCGGUUAUCCGAAUAGUGGAGGAUUUCUUGCGCCUUUUAGAGGUCAACGUCAUCAUUUAAAGGAAUGGGGGUAAGGUCGUUUAGAACCAAAGACAACUGAAGAACUAUUCAAUAUGAAACACUGUAGGGCUAGGAAUGUGAUUGAACGCGUUUUUGGAUUGUUGAAAAUGAGAUGGGCAAUACUUCGGAGUCCUUCAUGGUAUUCAGUAAACAU